AUUCAUAUUAUACGGAACAGAGGUUUCGUUGAAACAUUUAAAAUGAAAUUGAAACAUGUCAGUGAAAGAAGUAGAGACUCUGCAAAACACGCCUGGUGCGGUUAAGUACGGAGCCAUUAGAAUCCAGUCUCUCUCUUUCGUCCCAAUCAUGAGUCGAUAUGGCGUGCCGGUGAGAUCACCAGAAAGUUACGUCGGUAUUUUCACGGAAAUAUGGUGUUAAACUUCACAGGAUUUUCCAGUCUCAAGUAUCAGUUUCAUAUUAGUGAAGCUAUUCUCUUGAUCUUGUCGAUGCUUUUGGGUAUAUUUUCUUGUCUGCGGCUGAAUGAAGUUACUAAGUUGUGCGCUGGACAAUGCAUGUUAUUCGCGAAGUUGUACGAACGAGCUCGAAUUCUACAAGGUUCUUCCCCAGGGUGGUGCUAUUUGCCGGCCUGUUUGCACUUAGCAGCAGGGUUAUGCUCAUUGGUUGUGCUCAGCUUCGUUAGAGGGGGAAGAUAUAGGUCACAGAGCAAUUGUUCAAGAGUUCUUGGUCUCAUAUCUGUAUCUGCUUUUCUCGCAUUUCUAUCCUCUUGGAUUAUUUCUUCUGGAUUUCGAGAAUUUUGCAAGUCCUUUGUCAUAAACAGAUGCAGUGCAGAACAUUUUAGCUCAAUGGAUUGGAAAAAUUUCACCCCAAAGUAUUGUUAUUGUUCAAAUUCAUAUAGGUUACUACAAAAAAUUGAGGGUUCCAGUUGGUGUGCCUGUUUGUUAUUGUCUGUCUUAUGUGUGACUCAUUUUGUGCGAUUGUGGGCUGGGCUGCAAAUUACUUCAACACCUUGAUAGAUGAUUCAGUUUAACUGACUUCUUCCGCUGACCUCUCCAUGAGGAUCAUUUUGACACCUGGCUAACUCAGUGCUGACAGAUUUUCCCUUGACCCUCUUACUCCCAAGAUCCAAUUAGUAUUUCUCCUUAGUGUUUUUGACAUUCUUAUGAUGAUACAUUGUAGUUCGGAGAAUUUGAUAUUGGAUCAAAUAAUGACUCCCUAAUUGAUAUUUUCUUCUCGUCUAUUACCUGAUUGAUACUGUAAGGAGAAAUUCUGUCUUGGUCACAUUUGGGAGA